GAACUGCUUCCGACAAAAAACACAAUAUAAGGUUAGGGAAGAAGACAGCAAUCCUUGUAAAUCAUGGAUACAAGAAAGAGAAGCAUCAGGAUUCUAAUGUUCCCAUGGCUUGCUCAUGGCCAUAUCUCAGCAUUCCUCGAGCUGGCGAAGUCACUUGCCAAAAGAAACUUCGUCAUUUACAUUUGUUCUUCACAAGUAAAUCUAAAUUCCAUCAGCAAGAACAUGUCAUCAAAAGACUCCAUUUCCGUAAAACUUGUUGAGCUUCACAUUCCCACCACCAUACUUCCCCCUCCUUACCACACCACCAAUGGCCUCCCACCCCACCUCAUGUCCACCCUCAAGAGAGCCCUCGACAGUGCCCGGCCCGCCUUCUCCACCCUCCUCCAAACCCUCAAGCCCGACUUGGUUUUAUACGAUUUCCUCCAGUCGUGGGCCUCGGAGGAGGCCGAGUCGCAGAAUAUACCAGCCAUGGUGUUUCUGAGUACCGGAGCUGCAGCGAUUUCUUUUAUUAUGUACCAUUGGUUUGAGACCAGACCGGAGGAGUACCCUUUUCCGGCUAUAUACUUCCGGGAACACGAGUAUGAUAACUUCUGCCGUUUUAAGUCUUCCGACAGCGGUACUAGUGAUCAAUUGAGAGUCAGCGAUUGCGUUAAACGGUCGCACGAUUUGGUUCUGAUCAAGACAUUCCGUGAACUGGAAGGACAAUACGUAGAUUUUCUCUCCGACUUGACUCGGAAGAGAUUCGUACCAGUUGGCCCCCUUGUUCAGGAGGUAGGUUGUGAUAUGGAGAAUGAAGGAAAUGACAUCAUCGAAUGGCUCGACGGGAAAGACCGUCGUUCGACGGUUUUCUCCUCAUUCGGGAGCGAGUACUUCUUGUCUGCCAAUGAGAUCGAAGAGAUAGCUUAUGGGCUGGAGCUAAGCGGGCUUAACUUCAUCUGGGUUGUUAGGUUUCCUCAUGGCGACGAGAAAAUCAAGAUUGAGGAGAAACUGCCGGAAGGGUUUCUUGAGAGAGUGGAAGGAAGAGGGUUGGUGGUGGAGGGAUGGGCACAGCAGAGGAGAAUAUUGUCACAUCCGAGUGUUGGAGGGUUUUUGAGCCACUGUGGGUGGAGUUCUGUGAUGGAAGGGGUGUAUUCCGGUGUGCCGAUUAUUGCCGUGCCGAUGCAUCUUGACCAGCCGUUCAAUGCUAGGUUGGUGGAGGCGGUGGGGUUUGGGGAGGAGGUGGUGAGGAGUAGACAAGGAAAUCUUGACAGAGGAGAGGUGGCGAGGGUGGUGAAGAAGCUGGUUAUGGGGAAAAGUGGGGAGGGGUUACGGCGGAGGGUGGAGGAGUUGAGUGAGAAGAUGAGAGAGAAAGGGGAGGAGGAGAUUGAUUCACUGGUGGAGGAAUUGGUGACGGUGGUUAGGAGGAGAGAGAGAUCGAAUCUCAAGUCUGAGAAUUCUAUGAAGAAAUUGAAUGUGAUGAUGAUGGAGAAUAGGGAAGGAAUGUUGAGUGAAAAUGCAUGAGCAUUGAGUUUAUACUUACAAAUAAUAGUGGAAUUAUUUAUAUGUUAUUUCAUUAUUACUUUAAUAUUUUUUUCGUUUUAUUAGUUAGAGAUAAGUAUACUUUGUUCCACUGGGAUUAGUGUAUUUAUACGUAGAUUUCUUGUGGGUUGGAAAACA